CACUAUUCGAAUAUCCCCCUACCCUGCCUCCUUUUCCGAUGAGAAUCGUGCUAGAGAAUUCCAAUAAGUUAAUGCUACGUUGAGUAGCGGUCCUAUUUCAAUGACGUUUGCAAUAACAGUUUCUCCGAGACUAAACAGUGCUAUAUAUGAUUGCCACAUCAACUUAUUUCCUUUCAGAUAACCAUUGGCUCUCUCGGCGAAUUAUUUUUUGUGAAGUGAAAGCGUCAUUCAAUCCACACUGAUCUAAGCAGAAUUGAUAAAGGGAAGUUAGAAUAAAAUUUUUAGCAGUACUUUUAGCAAGAAAAAUGGCGAAAUUGACGUGUUUUCUCGUUCUGGUCGUGGUAGUUUUGGUGUGCGCUGAAGCUAUUCGAAUUGAUCCAGUUCAGCCAGCUUCCAGCAGGCGUGGAAAGUACUUUCCAGAGAUUACGAGGAAUGAUCCAAGAUGCAAAAAUGGAACAGGAAUGUUCCCAGACCCGAAAGAUUGCACGAAGUACAUCAAAUGCGUAAAUGGUGACAGCCAAGAAAAGAAGUGCCCUGAGGACUUCAAGUAUGAUUCUAUCAGACACUGUAUCCCUCCAGAUGAUAAUCCAGACUGCGGAAGGAAAACACUUAGAAGUCAUUUGGAUGUGGAUGAAAAGUGCCCAGAAUCCUAUGGAAUUUUCCCAGUAAAGUCUGACUGCCACAAAUUCAUGGUCUGCAAUGACGGCAUUCCAAUUAUUAAGACUUGUCCUGAGAAGUAUGUCUAUAGAGAUGCUAAUGGUGCUUGCAUCGAGGGGGAUAAAUGUCCUGAUGAAGCAAGUGAGGAAUCUGUAUGCAAAAGAGCAAACCAACUUUUACCUGAUGGGUUGAACUGUCGAAGGUACAUAAAAUGUGUCAACUUCCAGCCAUUAAAGAAAGAGUGUCCACCUGGAACGGCCUUUGAUCCCAAAAAGCACAGAUGCACCAAAGAUCAGCUGGAACAAUGCAAAAAUAAUGACAUUUUGAAUAAUGUUGAAUAAGAUGAAUAAAAAAGUGGCAAGUGCAAAUAAAAGUUAAUAAAAAGGACCUGCGCUUAUUUGUUGGCAUUAAUAUUUUAUAUCUGUUGGUUAGAUCAAAUCAGUGUGAACAUUAGAUUGUUUGAAAAUAUAGCAUUUGAUUGUAAAAUAUAAAUAAAGUAGGAAUUUUACUUUA